AUGUACAACUUGAAACGUAGGAGGGAGUCGGUCGCAACUGUUUAUAGAAAGACAACAAAAUUUUUAACAACCAACACGGCUAUACUGUUGAAGAAGAUGCCUAACAAUAAAAAGAACGAUACGCUACCGAAAGUAGAAGAAGAAAAUAAAAAUGAGACAGCCACUGAAACUGUAGACCAAGAAAUAGAUUCUGAUGAAGACGGUCAUUCAGGAGAACACGACUUAGAUUACUACUUAGGAAUAAAACAGAAACACACAUUCUGGAGCGAUCCAGCGGGUUUGGAACAAAUAAGAAAAGAUUAUCUCAUAUACCAUCGAGGAAUAUCGGAGGAAGAAUAUGAGAGUCGUUACAAAAGAAAAGUCUCUAAACCUUCUUGCACGGUCCAACCGAAAUUCAAACAAGUGCCUUUCAAAAUACACAAAAAACAUAAGAAAGCCAAUAGCAUAAGGGAAGGCAUGGCUGAGUCCUGGGUCGAAAAAAAGGGUAUAUUCAAACUAUUCGGCAACAGACGAGAUAGUGAGUCGACAUCAGAUAGUUACAGCGAAUGUGACUCAAACGAAGAUGCUAAAUAUUCCGACAUUAUCAAUAUUGAUUGUGACAGUAGAGAUGAAGAUGACAUAUUGGAUUUAUCUGACGCGAUAAAUAAGAUCACGACUGAGGAUAGAUUACGGAAAAUAAUGGGCGUUCGGAUAAAGGAGGUGUCUGAAGGCAGGCCGUGUGACAACUGUCCCGAACUCUGUGUAGGAUUCACACCACACCCUUGGAGAACGUUGAAAGCGUUCACACGUGUCAUAGAACGUGAUAAAAUGUGUCUGUCGUUGAAACAACUGGAGUGGGCGGAGAUCUACCGCCGGGUGAUCAAAGGAGACAGGGAAGAGGUUACAGAGAGGAAAAUACAGAAGUUCCCAUCCAGAGAAAGGAACCACGCGGUCAAGAGACGUAACAACAACAAUUACCGGUCACACAUCAACUGCCAGACAUGCGCUAGAGUCGCUGAAGACGAGAACAGAUGA